AGAGCGCGCGAAAGUUAUCGUGAUAACGCUUGCCACAGAUUCAAACUACCGGCGCCCUUCAAGGCAGUGCUCCUGCAGCACGCUUUUGCUGCUCCCGUGAGUACCGGUACCGGCACCGGCACCUGUGACUGUGGGGUAGGGGAGAGUACCGGCAGCACUGGCACGAGUACCCGUACUCGAGUACUUGGACUGGGUACGGCGCGGUAGUCCUCUUGAAAUGUCUUGCCUCCUUUAUCUAAUCGCUGUUUCACAAGGGGCGUACCAGUGGAGACGCUCGGGCGCACACACCAAUCGAACAAUGUGGUUGAGUCCUUGGACCCUGUUCCCGCGCUUCCUCAUCCCUGAAAUCGAACCCCUUCAAACACCACUCUACUGCACCCUACAGCACCGUGGCCACCAUCUUCUUCUCUUCCCUUUCUCGCCAGCCUGGGGGACAGGAGAUUGGUCUGCCCUUUGGAGGAUAGCUCCUGUGGAACCCGGUACCCACGGUUGGACAGGAAAGGCGGGGGGACCGAAUCAUGGUACUACUCGAGUACCUGCGAACCCAUGCCCAAUCCUCCUCCAUCUUCUGCCCCGUCCAAGUCCGGCAAUCCACCCUAUCCUGCCGCCCUGGAAUCCUCACCAUGACAUGGGAAGUCCCCCUGGCCGCCCGGAUGCUAUAUAUCGCGCGCCCACCACCCUCUCCAGACCUUCCCUCUCUUUCUAUUCACCACGACAGACGUUGAACUCGUUUUUGUCCUACUAUUCUCGUGACCUCUUGGACGCAAUCACUCUUUAAGUUGCUUUCAAAGUUGCCAGUCGGUCGUUACCCACACACUUUGCACCCUCUGGUCUAUUUCUUUCUUCCACUUCCCCACUUCCCUUUUAACGACAAAGCCUCAACUUGUGGGUUUUCGCUUUUUCCUUUUCAAGGGCUGAAUAUCAAGUUUUCAAGUCGAGUGUUCCCCUACGAACGACCCCUUAUAAAGGCUGAGCUUUUAUCGUCAACGCUUUCAACAAUAAUAAGAAGAUACCGAUUUUAUUAUUUACGACUGCUUGCCGUCAAUACCAACUUUGUCAGGAGCAACCUCACGAUAAACCUUCCAUUUUAUAUAUAUACAAAUACAGGGCUGUGCCUAAUACCUCAAAAUGCGUGUUGCUUAUACCACAAUUCUUUCCGCUGCUCUCGCAGCCAGCGCGCUUGCAUUCCCUUUCCGUGGUGCCAACCAGAAGAGAGAUGAUGCCGUCGAGAUUGUCACCGAAUGUACCACCAUUCAGUAUGUUCACCUUCGAUCCCUUUCCUUCCCUUUCCCAUCAUGGAAAAUCAAUGACUAACUUGACCAAUCGGAUGACAGCGUGACCGAAUACGCGACCUCGGGACCCUCGCCCUCACCCGAGCCGCCAGUCGUCAAGCCGAACAGUGAUGUUGAUGCGCCAGCGCCGACAGGAGACUACACCAAGUACCGCUCCAAGUCCCGCCGUCCUCGUCCAACAUCGACCUCGGCACCAGAGACAAGCCCACCACCACCAGCCGUUACUCCCCCCAUUGAGUCACCAGUUCCCACGUCGAAAGAACCGGCUGCUGCUCCAACCACUUCCCCUGCUCCCGCUCCAAGCUCCCCUGCUCCCUCCGGAGGCUCCUUCGAAUCCGAAGUCCUCGCAGCGCACAAUGACAAGCGAGCCCUCCACGGUGUGCCAGCGUUAACAUACGAUAAGACCCUGGCUGACUAUGCAGCGGGUGUUUCCGCUACCUGCAAGUUCGAGCACUCUCACGGUCCCUAUGGCGAGAAUCUCGCCGCUGGAUAUGCCAGUGCCGCAGAAGCUAUCAAGGCAUGGUACGAUGAGGAAAAGCUGUACAAUUAUGCUUCCGGCGAUUUUAGCGUAUGCGUCACAUCUCAUCUAAUGAUAUUUACAAUAUAGUGUGAUGAACGGUGCUAAUUGUGAAUAUGUGUAUAUAGUCGGCAACUGGUCACUUUACACAACUCGUUUGGAAAUCCACCACAAAGGUCGGUUGCGGUGUCAAGGCCUGCAAUGGAGCCGGUGGAACGCCCGGAGAGUUCCUCACGUGCAAUUACGAUACCGGAAACGUGAUUGGUCAAUUCCAGGCAAAUGUUCUGCCUCCUGUUUGACGCAGCUGGCUAGUUCUCUGGUAAAGGGAUGGCAGAAUGGUUGGUUCGGGUGUCUGUCUUUCUUUCUCUCCUCGACAACCCUUUUUGGCAGUGCCCUGGCAGAAGGAGGGAAAAGCUGAAGGAGAAGUGAUGGAAAUCCCCGCUGGUCAAGAGCCAAAUAAAAUAGAAAAAAAAGGAAGGCUUUCUGAGAAAUUCUUUAUACAUAUGUCUGUUCUUGUAUAUCUUUUAUAAAAAAAACCUAGCGUAAUCCCGCUUACUUUGCUUUGUCUGGACGGGCUUUGGGAGUAUAGCAUAUUAUCACAACAUUUUAUCGCACUGUACUGUACUACAUUCGGGAUGUGAAAUAACAAGUAAAGGGAUAUCCAUCCGAAAAGGGGGUGUUUGUUUGUAUUUCAUUUGUUCCUGUUGAUCCAUUUCACAGUUUUGUAUGAUUAUAGCUGUGUUUGUGUCGGGACUCCAAAUACCUGUUUUGUUUUGUUUUUGUUCGGCGUAAUUUACACUCGAGGGAUUUUCGGUUGUCGUUGAAAUCUCUUUUGCAUACGUGAGCACGGUAGAUUCAAACCGUCAAGCUAUCAUUAC